UAAAACAACACUAAACAGUAUCUAGAAAACUAGCUGAACACAUAUUUUGGAUUGUAAAUUAACACGAAAUAUUUUCUUACACAGAUAAAUAGAGUAUUAAAAUCCAUGCGCGAUGGAUUCCGAAGCGAAAAUGAGGAAGCGAAACUACACAGAGGACAAGUCUGCAUCAGAGGGUUCAGACGAUGAUGACUACGUCCCAUAUGUUCCUGUUAAGGUUAGAAAACAACAGAUGUUGCAGAAGAUGAUGCGUUUCCGAGGCAAGGGUUUGACCGAGGAGGACCAGAAGGACAGUGGAGGAGAACAGAAGGAUGAGGACGAGGGUCUCGGGCCACGCUCCAACGUCAGCCUGCUCGACCAGCACCAGCACCUGAAGGAGAAGGCAGAAGCCCGGAAAGAGUCGGCAAAGGAGAAGCAGCUGAAGGAGGAGGAGAAGAUUCUGGAGAGUGUGGCUGAGGGGCGAGCUUUAAUGUCCGUCAAGGAGAUGGCCAAAGGUAUCACCUAUGAAGACCCUAUUAAGACCAGCUGGAAGCCUCCUCGCUACAUCUUAAGCAUGCCUGUAGUGAGGCACGAUCGGGUGAGGAAGAAGUACCACAUCUUGGUGGAGGGCGAUGGCAUCCCGCCACCUAUUAAGAGCUUCAGAGAGAUGAAGUUUCCUCAAGCUAUCCUGAAAGGCCUUAAGAAGAAAGGAAUCGUCCAUCCAACGCCCAUCCAGAUCCAGGGAAUCCCGACUAUUCUUUCUGGCAGAGAUAUGAUUGGCAUUGCGUUCACGGGUUCAGGAAAGACUCUAGUGUUCACUCUGCCCAUCAUCAUGUUCUGUCUGGAGCAGGAAAAACGCCUGCCCUUCUGCAAAAGAGAGGGACCCUACGGACUGAUCAUCUGUCCUUCUAGGGAGCUGGCGAGGCAGACUCACGGCAUCAUAGAGUAUUACUGCAAGCUCCUGGAGGACGAGAGUGCGCCUCAGCUGCGCACUGCCCUCUGCAUCGGCGGCAUGUCUGUGAAAGAGCAGAUGGAGGUGGUCAAGCACGGGGUGCACAUGAUGGUGGCCACACCUGGCCGUCUGAUGGACCUGCUCAAUAAGAAGAUGGUGAGUCUAGAUAUCUGUCGAUACCUGGCUUUGGAUGAGGCUGACAGGAUGAUCGAUAUGGGCUUUGAGGAGGACAUCAGGACCAUCUUCUCUUAUUUUAAGGGUCAGAGACAGACGCUGCUAUUCAGCGCCACUAUGCCAAAGAAGAUCCAGAACUUUGCCAAAAGCGCCCUGGUGAAACCAAUCACCAUCAACGUGGGCCGAGCCGGAGCCGCUAGCUUAGACGUCAUUCAGGAAGUAGAAUAUGUCAAAGAGGAAGCUAAAAUGGUGUACCUCCUGGAGUGCUUACAGAAGACCCCACCUCCUGUGUUAAUAUUUGCUGAGAAGAAAGCAGACGUGGACGCCAUUCACGAGUACCUGCUUCUCAAGGGCGUGGAGGCCGUGGCGAUCCACGGUGGCAAAGACCAAGAGGAAAGAACGAAAGCCAUCGAGGCCUUCAAGGAAGGGAAGAAAGAUGUUUUGGUGGCUACGGAUGUAGCUUCCAAGGGUUUGGAUUUCCCUGCCAUUCAACAUGUAAUUAACUACGACAUGCCUGAAGAGAUCGAGAACUACGUCCACAGAAUCGGUAGAACGGGUCGAUCGGGCCAAACAGGAAUAGCCACAACGUUCAUCAACAAGGGAUGUGAGGAAUCAGUACUGAUGGAUCUCAAGGCCUUGCUGGUUGAAGCCAAGCAGAAAGUUCCACCGGUUCUGCAGGUGCUGCAGACCGGGGACGAAGCCAUGCUGGAUAUCGGAGGAGAGAGAGGCUGUGCGUUCUGCGGUGGUCUUGGUCAUCGUAUCACCGAGUGUCCCAAGCUGGAGGCCAUGCAGACCAAGCAGGUCACCAACAUCAGCCGCAGGGACUGUCUGGCCAACAGCUCUAUGGACUUUUAAGACUCUGGAUUUCCUCACGCUGUGGAAGAAGAGUGACGUCACCUUACUGCAUGUGGGCAAACUGGGGUUUUGUGGCAAGGUGUAUUUGUACAAUGUGUUACAUAUACAAUAUGUAAUUUUAUAUAUAUAUAUGUAACAAUUUAUAUCAUGUGUUACAUAUAUAAUUGUUAUAAUGUAUAUUUUUUUCUUUUUAUUGUAUCUGUAUUUUGAUUUAACUGUUGUUAUUGUUAGUCUCCCGUUGUCGUUGACGGGUCGCCACAGCAGACCAAGUGAUCCGCACAACAACUUGGCACAGGUCUUACGCCGGAUGCCACCCUCCCAUUUUAUCCGGGGCUUGGGACUGCCACUGCAUCCGGGUGGGAAUCAAACCCAGGCCUUCCGCAUGUUAUGUGAGAAACCUACCAGUGAGCCACCAAUGCCCUCCGUAUUUUUGAUUUAACUACACACCGUAAAUUACAGUUUUAUUUUAAAAACUGUUUGUGUUUUACUUUUUAUUUAUGUUUUUUUUUUCGGUAUUCAUUGAGGAAAGUAUUGAGCGCAAGAAUAUUUUUGAUAUUGUAGAAUACUACUGAUGCAAAAUGUCAUUAAAGCAGUCAUAUGCAAAAUCGACUUUUCAGUACUAUAUAGACUUUCACAUGGGUCUCCAAUGUGCAUGUACAAACAAAUAACCAGAAGAAAUAAACACUCCCUUGCCCCUCCCCCUCUUUAUAAAAAAUCUAUUUGGUAUUUUUGUAUUAGUUGGGACUUAAACAAGCCAGUUCAAUUUCCCCCCUAAUGUGACCUCAUUUAAGAAGACACACUCCAUUGGCUUGUUGCUCAGCACUGCUGUCCUCUGGUGAAGCAGGGCUCAGGGAAAGCUCAUUUACAUAGAAGCUGAAACAGC